CAGAAAUUCCAUCUCCUUCCCCUCGGAAGCUCCCAGACUCCUCUUCCCAUUUCCCCAAUUCGAUGAAUCAGCAACCUUCCCGAUCCCUCUCGAAACCUCCCCUCUCUUCGAUCCCUCCUCUAUAUAAACCCUAUCGAUCUCCACCCCCAGUCGCAAAGGCGCUUCGAUCGUUUCCGUAGUCCGCUACCGGCGCUCUCUCGAAUCAGCAGCCAACAUCCGCCAUUGAUAUGAUGAGGUCCUCGCCGCGCAUUGUGCUCUUCUUCGCUGCUCUGCUCUUGGGAUUCUCCUCUGCUCCGGCCACUGCGCUGAUCCCCUACACGAGAGGGCUGUGGGAUGCGAUGUUCCCCACCGCCGGCGACUUGGACCCCUUCCACAUCCUGGAGCACACCCCCUUCCCCGUCUCCACCUAUAAGGCCGCCGACGAGAUGCUCAACCUUGCCCGCGUCGACUGGAAGGAGACCCCGGAAGCCCACAUCCUCUCCCUCGAUGUGCCUGGGGUGAAGAAGGAGGACAUGAAGAUGGAGGUGGAGGAGAACCGGGUGCUGCGGAUCUCGGGAGAGAGGAAGGAGGAGAAGGAGGCGGAGGGCGAGAGGUGGCACCGGGUGGAGAGGACCGCCGGGAAGUUCUGGCGGCAGUUCCGGCUUCCUGCGAAUGCCGACAUGGAUAACGUGAAGGCGCACCUGGAGGAUGGCGUGCUGCGAGUGACGGUGCCCAAGCUGGCCGUGGAGAAGAAGAAGCAGCCGCGGGCAGUGAACAUCGUGGAACAGAAGGGCGGGGAGGAGAUGAAGGCCUCCUCCAUGAAGACCGAAAUGUGAUAAUCCGUUUUUACUCGUGUGUCUGUAUCUGCAUGUGUGAACUGAUGUGAUGGUCAAGCUCUUUAGUAAAUAAACAACGAAAAAGCUGCUAGCUGUG